AUGUCGAACUCCACCACCAACUUCUACGCCUAUUCCCAGUCGUUCAGUGUCUCCGACAUCAUCGUCGUUGCAACCUACUUCCUCCUGAACCUCGCUGUGGGCAUCUGGUCUUCAUGCAGGGUGAGCAGGAACACCCUGAGUGGAUAUUUCCUGGCAGGACGGGACAUGGCAUGGUGGCCGAUCGGAGCAUCCUUGUUCGCUAGUUCAGAAGGCUCGGGUCUGUUUAUUGGCCUGGCUGGUACUGGAGCUGCUGGAGGCAUUGCUGUAGCAGGCUUUGAAUGGAAUGCCACCUAUGUAUUACUGGCUCUGGCCUGGGUGUUUGUCCCCGUCUACGUUGCCUCAGGGAUUGUAACGAUGCCAGAGUACCUGGGACGUCGUUUUGGAGGAGAGAGGAUCCGAACCUACCUGGCAGUGUUGUCUUUAAUGCUGUCCAUCUUCACCAAGAUAUCAACCGACCUGUACUCUGGAGCUCUGUUCGUCCAGGUGUGUCUGGGAUGGAACCUCUACCUCUCUACCAUCCUCAUGCUUGUUGUCACGGCUCUCUACACUAUCGCAGGGGGACUGGCGGCUGUCAUCUACACCGACACCCUGCAGACAGUGAUCAUGCUUGUAGGAGCCAUCAUCCUCACUAUCACUGCGUUUAACGAGAUCGGGGGCUACAGUAACCUGGAGAAGGUGUACAGCCUGGCCAUCCCCAGCAAGAUCAUCCCCAACAGCACCUGCCACCUACCCCGGGAGGACGCCAUGCACCUGUUCAGGGACGCCACCACCGGGGACCUGCCCUGGCCCGGCAUGACCCUGGGGCUCACUAUACUAGCCACCUGGUACUGGUGUACGGACCAGGUGAUUGUGCAACGAUCCUUGUCUGCAAAGAACAUGAGCCAUGUGAAGGGUGCGUCGAUCCUUGCGGGCUAUCUGAAGUUGCUACCCUUCAUCUUCAUCAUCCUCCCUGGCAUGAUAAGCAGAGCCCUAUAUCCAGACACCGUGGGCUGUGUGGACCCUGAGGAGUGUGUGCGUGUGUGUGGAGCCGAGGUGGGGUGCUCCAACAUUGCCUUCCCCAAGAUGGUCAUUGAGCUCAUGCCCAGCGGUCUGAGAGGGCUGAUGAUAGCGGUGAUGAUGGCGGCUCUGAUGUCGUCCCUCACCUCCAUCUUUAACAGCAGCUCCACGCUGUUCACCAUGGACAUCUGGAAGAAGCACCGCCCCCGGGCCACUGAGAAAGAGCUGCUAUUGGUGGGCAGGAUCGUGACGGUCAUCCUGGUGGUGGUGAGUGUGGUGUGGAUCCCCAUCCUCCAGUCGGCCAACAGCGGCCAGCUGUACGUCUACAUCCAGUCAGUCACCAGCUACCUGGCCCCACCCGUCACCGCCGUCUUCACCCUGGCCGUGUUCUGGAAGAGGACCAACGAGCAGGGUGCGUUCUGGGGUCUGAUGGUGGGCCUGGUGGUGGGCGUGUGCAGGAUGGUGCUGGAGUUUGCCUUCCCACCCCCCAGGUGUGGCGUGGUGGACUGGGCCCCGUCGGUGCUGCGCAGCGUCCACUACCUCCACUUCGCCAUCCUGCUCUGUGGCCUCUCCACCAUCGUGGUGGUGGUGGUCACGCUGCUCACCCCCCCGCCCACGCCCGAGCAGCUCACUAACCUGACGUGGUGGACUCUGACGGAGGAGGUGCAGAGAGAGAUCCCUCUGAGAAAAGUGUCCUCUGUCAGCAACCGUAGCCCCCCUGCCUCAAAGUCUGUGUGCAGAGUGACCUGUGGCCAGGGCCCCAGUCUGUGCAUUUCAUCACAAAGUUCACAACCGACUCCACCUCCCAGAGUCCCGAGCGUGCGGGAGACUGUGUUUUGGUCCAGGUUUUGCUGUGCCAAUGCUCUCCUUCUGGUCAGCAUCAACAUCUUCCUGUUUGCAUACUUUGCCUAAUUCACCAGAAUUUAUGCCUCAGUUGAUCUAAAACCUUCUCAACUCACUCAUUCACAUCCAUACCACCAUCUCAUCCGUGCUUUCUCCUUAGAGUUGAUUGAACUUAAGAGAUGGUGUAUGAAUAUAUUUGAAUCUGCUUUUGAAUGAAAGAAGGCGUAUCAUUUUGACAUUUUUUAUUGGAUUCUCUGUUCAUUUAUAGCAAAGGAAAUCCACAAAGGAAGCUGUUUGUACAUUAGGUAGCCUAUAACAAUUUAUCAAUUAUAAGAACUCCAGGUACAUUUUUUCCAAAAACACUUUAACCCUUAAAAACGAUAUAAAGUUACUUAAUAUACAAAACUUUGGGCCCAUGCAACUACAAGAUACACAUUUGAGAUUUUGUUAAGAAUUAUGGCAUGCUAUUUUUGUACCUGCAGAUAGCUGCAAGCAACUAAGAGGACAUGGCGACCUAUUAGUCACAAUUCCCUCCACACAGUGUCCUAUUUAUGAAAAUAAAAGUCUUGUUGGUGUAUUGAAUGGCAUAUACUCACUUUUCCCAAAAUGUUUAAAAUCAUUCUACUGCAACGUUACCCCGAGGGGAACUAGCUAGCGAAGAUGCAUUUUAGUUUGUGUGCAACAUAGAGUUUAGAACUGCUUUAUGUUUAAAUGUUUACGUAAAAAAGCUAAUCUUUCUUCUAAACCUUUCUGAUGAUAAUAAGUAGGUUGAUGUUUUUGAUAGCAAUGAUUUCAGGUCUCGUUAAGAAGAUUAAUAAUUGUAAUCCAAUUUUUUUAUAUUAUUCAUAAAGUAUAUGUUUGUAUGGCUAACGUGGUUUUAAUUUUUUUUUUUUUUGUGUAUAUAUUCUUGAAAUACCUCAAUAAAUUGAAUUAUCGCAGCACCA